CUCUCUCUUUCGCAGAUCUCUCAGUGUACUGAUGGGUGCAGCCAGCAUGUGGUGAAGUGAAGCCCUAUCCACUACAGAUCAGCAAACAAUAAUGAGGAAAGGCAACUAAGCUUUGGUAUGGAUCGGUUCUCUGUUUUCAUGUUGAAUGAGAAAGUGAAACUGCUUGAUAUUUGUGUUUAUCACUUUGUGUUGAAAUGACGCAGCAACAAAACCUGAUGGAUCAGAAAAAACUCUGCUGUUCGAUCUGUCUGGAUCGACUGAUAGAUCCAGUGACUAUUCCCUGUGGGCACAGCUACUGUAUGAACUGUAUUAAAAGCCACUGGGAUGAAGAGGAUCAGAAGAAAAUCCACAGCUGUCCUCAGUGCAGACAGACCUUCACACCGAGGCCUGUGCUUGUAAAAAACACCAUGUUAGCAGAUUUAGUGGAGGAGGUGAAGAAGACAGGAUUCCAAGUUCCUCCAGCCGAUCACUGCUAUGCCGCACCUGAAGAUGUGUCCUGUGAUUGCUGCAGUGGGAGAAAGCUGAAAGCUGUCAAGUCCUGUCUACAGUGUCUGGUUUCUUAUUGUGACCAACACCUUCAGCCUCACUAUGAAUCCCCUGCCUUUGAAAAACACAAGCUGGUCAACCCCUCCAAGAGGCUUCAGGAAAAUAUCUGCUCUCAUCAUGGUAAAAUGAUGAAGAUUUUCUGUCACACUGAUCAACAAUGUAUCUGUUAUCUCUGCUCCAUGGAUGAGCAUAAAGACCACCACACAGUCUUAGCCUCAGCAGAAAGGAGUGAGAGGCAGCGAGAGCUCGGAAUAAAUCGCCAAAACAUCCAGCAGAAAAUCCAGGACAGAGAGAAAGAAGUGAAGCUGCUUCAGCGGGAGGUGGAGGCCAUCAAUAGCUCUGCUGAUAAAGCAGUGAGGGACAGUGAGAAGAUCUUCACUCAGCUAGUCCGUCUUAUCAAGAACAGAAGCUCUGAUGUAAAGCAGCAGAUCAGAUCCCGGCAGAAAACUGAAGUCAGUUUGGUCAAAGAGCUUCAGGAGAAGCUGCAGCAGGAGAUGACUGAACUGAGGAGAAAAGAUGCUGAGCUGGAGAAGCUCUCACACACAGAGGAUCACACCCAAUUUCUGCACAAUUACCCAUCACUGUCACGUCUUAAUGAAUCUACCCAGUCUCCCAGCAUCGAUAUCCGCCCUCUGCAGUACUUUCAGGAUGUGACUGCAGCUGUGUCAGAAGCCAGAGGUAAACUACAGGACGUUCUCGGUGAUUUAUGGACAAAGAUCUCACAGACAGGAACUGGAGUGAAUGUUUUACUUCAACAAGCAGAGCCAAAGACCAGAGAUGAGUUCUUACAACAUUCAUGCCAAAUCACACUGGAUCCAAACUCAGCACAUACACAGCUGUCAUUAUCUGAAGGGAACAGAAAAGCAACACUGAUGAGUGAAAAACUGUUACAUUCUGGUCAUCAUGACAGAUUUACUGACAUGUUCCAAGUCCUGAAUAGAGCGAGCCUGACUGGACGAUGCUACUGGGAGGUAGAGAGGAGCAGAUAUGAAGUUUCAGUAGCAGUCACGUACAAGGAUAUCAGCAGAAGAGGAUAUCAAAGUGGAUUUGGAAAUGAUGACAAGUCCUGGGCUCUAGAGUGUUUCAACAACACUUGUGAAUUCAGACAUAACAGUAUUAGCACUGUUAUCUCAGGCCCUCAGUCCUCCAGAGUAGGAGUGUACCUGGAUCACAGUGCAGGCAUUCUGUCCUUCUACAGCAUCUCUGAGACCAUGACUCUGUUACACAGGGUCCAGACCACAUUCACUCAGCCGCUCUUUGCUGGGCUUGGAGUUUUUGGUUCAUACGGCAGUGGGUCUACUGCUGAGUUCUGUAAGCUUGAGUAGACAAAAGUUAAGAAGAACCUGAGUCAGAACUUCACAGAGAUUUGACUUGCUUCAUGAUUCAGUGACUGAUGUGAUGUAAGAACAGGUAUUGUCUUUACUUUUCGAUUUGGUGUGAUUAUAUCAUUUAUUAUUUGAUUGAUGACCUAAAAGUUAGAAUUGUAAACCCAUUGUCAAAACACAGAGUCAUCCAAAUGCUUCUUUAAACAGACAUUAUUAUGGUUUGGCACAUCAGGGGAAUUUUGCAAUGUUUACUGCGGGGGUACUUCUUUCUUCGAGAAGCCAGAAUGCGGCUAAUUUUGGAGUAAUGAGUAAUGGGAGACUGAAAAACAGUCUGUUGCUAUCAUGUUUUCUCAUGAACCGUUGUGUAAGUAAUGUUUAGUUUCAUUACAUUAAGAUGAUGAAGAAGAAAAUCACCAGUUAAUUUCUAUGUGAUUUACUGAAACUCCCUACGCUCCAUCAGUGAAGGUUCAGAGGUGCUGUGUGCUGUCUUUCUCUGCGCUAAAAAUAUUCUUUAUAUAUUCAUCAGGUACUAAAUUUAUACUCUCUUCGUUGUGUACUUAUAUACACUAUAUGCAUACAUAUAUUAAGUUUUUUUUUAAUCAACUAUUCACCCUUACUUAUCAUAUUCCUUUAAUUUAUGUGAACAUUAGCGCUUUCAUUUGUAACAGUUUUGUGAUUUUGUUUUAAAAUUAACCGGGUUUACCAUCACUGUGUACAAUUAUCAUGGAAAGCAAAUAAAAUGAAUGUUGUCA